AUGCGUUCGUUUCAGGGCGUCGCCCGCUCUGCUUCACGCACGCUCCGGGCCACACAAUGGCGAGCCCAAGAACCAGCAUCUUUCCUCUCCGGCGCAAGUCGGCCGUUAUCGGCACAUGCGAGAGCACUCCAUAGCGCGCCCCCGCGCAAGUCCUCCGCGGCGACGGCGACUUCGAAGGACUCGACAAACCCGGCAAUGUCCUUCCCUUGCCUUGACGCGCAGGACGCCAAGUCAGAAUUGCUUUCUGCGCGGUCUCUGCAAUCGGGACCCGAACCCUCGUAUACGACCGGCCAGCAUGAACGGUUCCACUGUGAAGACCCGCUGCUCCUGGACUGGGGCGGCGUGUUGCCGGAAUUCGAUAUUGCGUAUGAGACGUGGGGUCAGUUGAAUGGGGACAAGAGUAAUGCGAUUCUCUUGCAUACGGGGUUAUCCGCGUCUAGCCAUGCACACAGCACGGUCUCGAAUCCGAAGCCCGGUUGGUGGGAGAAGUUUAUUGGGCCCGGUUUACCUCUGGAUACGGAUAAGUACUUUGUCAUUUGCACGAAUGUACUGGGAGGCUGCUACGGCAGUACGGGGCCGUCCUCGGUGGAUCCCUCGGAUGGACAGCGAUAUGCGACGCGCUUCCCGAUCUUGACGCUGGAUGAUAUGGUGCGCGCUCAGUUCCGUCUGCUAGAUGGUCUGGGCAUCCAGAAGCUGGCAGCAUCUGUCGGGUCGAGUAUGGGCGGUAUGCAGAGUCUGGCUGCGGGUGUGCUCUUCCCCGAGCGCGUGGGCAAGAUCGUGAGCAUCAGCGGCUGUGCCCGUAGCCACCCAUACAGUAUUGCGAUGCGACACACGCAGCGCCAGGUACUGAUGAUGGAUCCCAAGUGGGCGCGCGGUUUCUACUACGAUGCGAUCCCGCCGCACUCGGGAAUGAAAUUGGCGCGCGAGAUUGCGACGGUCACGUAUCGCAGCGGACCGGAGUGGGAAAUGCGAUUUGGUCGUCGUCGUGCGGAUCCUAGCAAGCAACCUGCGCUGUGCCCGGACUUCCUUAUCGAGACGUAUCUCGACCAUGCUGGUGAAAAGUUCUGCUUGGAGUAUGACCCCAACAGUCUGCUUUACGUCUCCAAGGCUAUGGAUCUCUUCGAUCUAGGCCAUGAACACCAAACUCAAACCCGCCAUCGCCGUGCAGAGGCCGAAUCUCGCAUUGCGCGAGGCGAUGUCUCCUCAGAUGUGUCCGACUCUGCUUGCAGCUUGACCCUGCCUGACAAGCCCUACGAAGAACAACCCGAUGCUACUGCCUCAGUUCCCCCCGCCGAUCAGUCAGCAGCAUCAACCGAACCCGAGGGACCCCCUCGCGACCUCAUCAUGGGUCUCGCCCCUCUGAAAAACCACCCAGUCCUCGUCAUGGGCGUCGCAAGCGACAUCCUCUUCCCCGCCUGGCAACAGCGCGAAAUCGCCGAGACUCUCCGCGCCGGCGGUAACACUACCGUCGAGCACAUUGAGCUGGGUGAGGAUCUAUCAUUGUUCGGUCAUGACACUUUCCUGCUUGAUCUGAAGAAUAUUGGUGGUGCUUUGGGCCGCUUCUUGAAGUGA